AUAAAAGGAAAAAGAACAGCACCGAGCGCCACUCAACCUCUUGAAGACCCAUGAGCAGAUAGGUGCAGUGUCUCUCUCCCGGAUUUCAGACACAAUGUUUGCGUUAUUGGUUUGCAUCCUGACACUGCAUGACGUGUACUCUGCGUGCAAUGUGUCACAAAUGUGCCCAGACAGCACAGUAGUUCAGACUGAGAUCCUUAACCAGCACAACGCCUUCCGGAGAGCGGUUACGCCAACUGCUAGAGACAUGCUCAAGAUGAACUGGAGCGAGGAGGCAGCGGCCAGUGCUCAGGCUUGGGUUGACACCUGCUCCAUGACUCAUGGCCCACCCAGCAGUCGCAUGCUUGGCGACUAUGAAAUGGGUGAGAACCUGUUCAUGUCCUCCGCUUCGAGGAAUUGGACUCAAAUCGUUACAGCCUGGCACAGUGAGGUCAGAGAUUACUCCUAUCCCAAUGGAUCUAUCAAUGGUAAACCCAUCGGCCACUACACACAGGUGGUUUGGAACAGUUCGUACAAGGUUGGCUGUGGUGUGGCCUUGUGUCCUGGCUCAGUCUACUUCUAUGGAUGCCAAUACUACAGAGCGGGAAACUACAAAGGAGUGGCUCCAUACAAGGAAGGAGCCACAUGUGCUGACUGCCCCAACUCCUGCGAAAAUAAGCUUUGCACCAAUCCCUGUCCUUACGUAAACAAGUAUGCCAACUGUGCCGCCAUGAAAAAGCAGGCCGGGUGCAGCAAUUCUUUGGUGUACGCCUGGUGUCCCGCCCUCUGCCUGUGCACCUCCAAAAUAACCUAAAACCACCAGGCCUCUUCAAAAUGGUCCACUGAAAGAUAACUUUGAAUGAUUCCUCUGUUGUUUCCUUGUCUAUGAGAAGAAAAAAAAAAAACAUAUACACCUGGUUGAUCGAUCUACUGUACUUCUGGUGAAGUCAGUUCAUUUGAAAAAUACUAACUGUCACUAAUAAUUUCUUAAUUAUCACUGUAGGUCUAAGGUACAGUUAAAACCUUAAAACAUUAUUCUUAUUCUGGGGGUAACAUAAGGUGUCUAACCUAUAGUAACUAAUGAUAGUUGGAAGCAGAGCAAUUUAUUUUGUUCCCUUUCAUUGAUUUCAAUGUCUUCAUACCAAUUUGACCUCCCAAAAAAUCCGUAUUUGAUUUGCAUGCAAGUUGAAUAAGAAUAUCUUCUACAUUUUGAGAAGGCAAUAUUUCCAUCAGUUACUGUAACAGUGAACAUUUUGAUACUUAAAUUUCUGCAAAAAAACUACACAGUAAUGUGGUUAUACAGAACAGUAAUACCUCAACACAUUUAACUUUAAGUUGAAUCAGGACAUUAUUUGAUGUUUGAUGAAAUGCAAGGAAUGCUGCUCGUAAUUUUCUCUAUCAAAAUUUUCACGUGACAGCAUUAUAUAACCCUUAUUAUUUUCCUCAAUCACAUUAAACGAUCAUGAAGAU